AUGGACGACUUUAACAAACUCACGCUCACCGAGAGCCACACACCCUCGCCCCACAGCCCCGCCACGUCCCGCAUCAACUCCAACAACAACGCCAACGGCACCUCGCGUACCUCGUCACGGUCCCACCGCCCGUCGGCGGUGUUCCUGGGGGUUGCCAACGAAGACGGAUUCGACUCACAGCCCGGCACCCCGUCGUCGUCGUCGUCUUACACUUCUUUUGAUAGAGCCGGAGGAGGAGCAGCAGCAGCAGGAAAUACCACUCCAGGCGGUCCGGCAACUGGCGCCCCGGGUACCCCCGGUUUAGGUGGCCCCCUGGGCCACAGCCAGGUCCACUUCAGUCUCGGCUCGCCGUCUCGUCCCGGAUCAGUGGCGGGUUCUCGACCUGGCUCCCGCCCGGGCUCCAGGCCAGGCUCCAUCGCCCCCCAGGAGACGCAAAUCUCGCUCUUCCCUGAGGCAGACGCACACGACCCGUACGCACGACAGCACCGACCACCACAGGUGUCGCACCGCGACACUGAUUCCAUUGCGCCGCGGUUCCGGUUUGCGCGGAGCAGAUCAUCAUCUCGGUCAUCGCCGGACCGCCGGGUCAACACUGACGAGGCUUCCGGCAACUUUCACCGGUCCACGGGCUCCAUGGCAGAGCUGAAGCGGUUCUUCAAGAAGAAGUCUUCCAAGCUAAAGCCCAAGAGCAAGAGGGCGGAGUCCAAGGAGGACAUUCCUCGGAGUCGGCCGGUGUCCCAGUCGUCGCGAGCGACCCCGCCGGUCUCGCGCUCCUCUUCGCAGUCCAACAUUGCGUCGAUCGGGUUCGGAAAGUGGGGUAAACCGGGCCGGGUGCUCGGGUCCGGAGCCGGCGGGUCGGUCCGGUUGCUGCACCGCCAGAGCGAUGGCAAGACGUUUGCGGUCAAGGAGUUCCGGCCCCGCCACCAGCAUGAGUCUGAGCGCGAGUACUCUAAAAAGGUGACGGCUGAGUUCUGCAUCGGCUCCACUCUCCACCAUCCCAACAUUGUGGAGACUCUGGACAUCAUCCAGGACGACGGCCGGUACUUUGAGGUGAUGGAGUUUUGCCCGUACGACUUUUUUGCCAUAGUCAUGUCGGGAAAAAUGAGCCAGGCGGAGGUUGCGUGCUGCUUCAAGCAGUUGCUGAGUGGCGUCACCUAUCUGCAUUCGAUGGGUCUGGCGCACCGCGACCUCAAACUCGAUAACUGCGUCGUUACCAAGGACGGUAUUCUCAAGCUGAUUGAUUUCGGCUCUGCGUCGGUCUUCAAGUAUCCGUUUGAGACCGGCAUUGUCAUGGCCCAUGGAGUAGUUGGUUCGGACCCCUAUCUCGCCCCCGAAGUGCUGUCGCAGACCAAGUAUGAUCCCACGCCGACAGACAUCUGGUCGAUCGCCGUGGUGUUCUGCUGCAUGACGUUGCGGCGGUUCCCCUGGAAGGCCCCCAAGCUGACGGACAACUCGUUCAAGCUGUUUGUGUCGGAGCCGGAGGUGGACGAGACCGACAAGGCGACCAAGGGUCCGAUGAGGCUGCUGAACCGGUUGCCGCGCGACUCGCGGCAUAUUAUUGGCCGCAUGUUGACGGUCGACCCCAAGAAGCGCGCGACGCUGGAGGAGAUCUGGGCCGAUCCGUGGGUCCAGAGUAUCAGUAUGUGCACAUAUGAUGAUGACGGACGGCUGGUCAAGGGGGUAGGGCAUGAGCAUACAUUCGUGGAGGUGGAGGAGAGGGAGGAGCCGGAGACGAAGCCGUAG